GGGCUAGUAUUAAGGAGGGUCGGGGCCUUGUGGUGGAGGACGGUGGAGGGACUGCUGGGGCGACGCCGCGCUCGGACAGGCAAGCGUCAACAAGUCGGAUGCAGAGUCCGGGGAGGGUCACGCAGACUUUGGACCAGCGGCGGCCAGCUCAAGUCAGCUUUUCCUUUUACUCACACGGGCUGGAAACCUGCGUCGCAGCUCGUGUCAGUACCGGCUUGGUAAAUGCAGGGGCUUCCUCUGCACCUCACGGGAUGCGGUCUGCCCUGAGAGCCUGUGCUACUGCUGCUUGGUUGGGUCAGCGUUUUGAAGUCUGCUCCUUUUACAGUUGAUGACGAACGUGACAUGGUGGCAAGUCGUUCAAUACGUGGGGGAACUUACUGUUUCGGUUCUGGUGCUCAGAGGUGUUUCACGGUGCUGCUGAACGCGGACAGUGGAAUCAGUGACCAGAGAGAGCUAGGAAUCAUGGUAUUACUUGGUUUGACUUCAAGGCAUUUGUGAGCCAUUAAACCUUACCCUGAAUAUGGAAAACAAACUAAGCUCCUUCCUAGAAGCUCUGAGCUGUUGCUGAUGGCAAAACCCAAAUGUAAUCCAGAGUUAGUUGUAGCUCCUCAGAGUCUUCUCAGUCCGAGCUGCCCUGACAAUGGAUGGUGCAUCAGCCAAGCAGGGUGGCCUCUGGGAAAACGAGUCCAGAAGUGAUACUUCGUCUUGUCCUGAAGCCUCACUGGAGACGCUGGACUCACUGGCAUUACCGCCUGACCAAGAAGAUAGAGCUCAGUAUGCCAGUGUUGAGGUAAACAGAGCUUUUAGGGAAGAAGGAAGCCCAGAUAGAUCCAGCCAGGAGGCCCUCUGUCAGAAUGGGCAGUUCUCAGACCUUCCGUUGUCUCUUGAUCCCACAACAAGUCCAGUGGGACCUGAUGCCUCUGCAGGUUCCACUGCAUCUUCGUUGCCCUUGGAAAAGGAGGAGCAGGUCCGACUGCAGGCCCAGAAGUGCCUGGAAGAGCAGCUGAUACAGUAUCGAGUGAAGCGCCAUCGAGAGAGGUCCAGUCAACCUGCAACAAAAAUGAAACUUUUUAGUACACUUGAUCCUGAGCUCAUGUUAAAUCCAGAAAACUUGCCAAGGGCCAGUACUGUGGCUGUGACAAAAGAAUAUUCAUUCCUGCGUACCAGUGUUCCUCGGGGGCCCAAGGUAGGCAGCUUAGGGCUGCUGGCACAUUCUAAGGAGAAAAAGAAUUCCAAGUCAAGCAAGAUUCGGUCUCUGGCUGACUAUAGAACUGAAGAUUCAAGUCACUCUGGUGGCCUUGGUUCCACUGCUGAUGCUGUUACAAGUUCUCUGAAACAGAGUAGAAGCAGCACUUCAGUUGUGUCUGAGGUUAGCCCUUCAUCUGAGACUGAUAACCGUGUGGAAAAUGCAUCACUGACUGGGGAUAGUGUGUCAGAGGCUGAUGGAAAUGAAAGUGACAGCUCCUCACACAGCAGCUUCUCUGCCCGAGGGGCCUGUGGUGGCCUGGGGAAUGUGGGCAUGCCAGGAGCAGCUUACAUGGUUGAUGGCCAGGAGAUUUCUGCUGAGGCCCUGGGCCAAUUUCCUUCUAUUAAAGAUGUACUACAGGCUGCAGCAGCCCAGCACCAAGAUCAGCACCAGGAAGUCAAUGGGGAUGUGCGGAGCCGCAGAGACAGCAUCUGCAGCAGUGUGUCCAUGGAGAGCUCUUUUGCUGAACCACAGGAUGAAAUGUUGCAGGUUCUUAAAGAUAAAAGGAGACUUGAAGGUCAGCUGGAGGCUUUGUCAUUAGAAGCUAGUCAGGCACUUCAAGAGAAGGCUGAGCUACAGGCCCAGCUAGCUGCCCUGAGCACAAGGCUGCAGGCACAGGUGGAACACAGCCACAGCAGCCAGCAGAAGCAGGACUCCCUUAGUUCUGAAGUGGACACUUUGAAGCAGUCUUGCUGGGAUCUAGAACGUGCCAUGAUUGACCUGCAGAACAUGCUAGAAGCUAAAAAUGCCAGCCUGGCAUCCUCAAACAAUGACCUCCAAGUGGCAGAGGAGCAGUAUCAGAGACUGAUGGCCAAAGUAGAGGAAAUGCAGAGAAACAUCCUGAGCAAGGACAACACAGUGCAUGACCUUCGGCAGCAGAUGGCAGCCCUACAGAGCCAGCUCCAGCAAGUACAGCUGGAGCGUACAACACUGACCAGCAAACUACAAGCAUCACAGGCUGAAAUUACAUCUCUGCAGAAUGCCCGGCAGUGGUACCAACAGCAGCUUGCAUUGGCCCAGGAGGCCAGGGUCAGGCUGCAGGGAGAGAUGGCCCACAUCCAGGUUGGACAGAUGACCCAAGCCGGCCUUUUGGAGCACCUGAAGAUUGAGAAUGUGUCCCUAUCACAUCAACUAACAGAAACUCAGCAUAGAUCCAUCAAGGAAAAAGAGCGUAUAGCUGUUCAGCUCCAGAGCAUUGAGGCUGACAUGUUGGAUCAGGAGGCAGCCUUUGCACAGAUUCAAGAGGCAAAAACAAUGGUCGAGGAGGACCUCCAAAGGAAGCUGGAAGAAUUUGAAGGUGAACGGGAGCAGUUACAGAAAGCAGCAGAUGCAGCAUCAUCUCUAGAGCAACAAUUGGAACAGGUGAAACUGACAUUGUUCCAGCGAGACCAGCAGCUUGCAGCACUUCAGCAGGAACACCUAGAUGUGAUAAAGCAGCUCACAUCAACACAAGAAGCUCUGCAGACGAAAGGGCAGUCCCUUGAUGACCUGCACACACGUUAUGAUGAGCUACAAGCAAGGCUGGAGGAGCUGCAGAGAGAGGCUGACUCCAGGGAAGACACAAUUCACUUCUUGGAGAAUGAGAAGAUUGUCUUGGAAGUGGCUCUGCACUCGGCCAGGAGUGACAAGGAAGAACUUGACAGAGGAGCACAGCGUUUAGAAGAAAAUACUGAGGAGACAGCAGGGGUUUUGGAACAAUUGAGACAAGACUUGGCUGUCAAGUCCAACCAGGUGGAGCACUUGCAGCAAGAGACAGCCACAUUGCGAAAACAGAUGCAGAAAGUAAAGGAGCAGUUUCUUCAACAGAAGGUAAUGGUAGAGGCAUACCGGCGAGAUGCUACUUCCAAAGACCAACUCAUCAGUGAGCUCAAAGCAACAAAAAAACGGCUGGACUCAGAGAUGAAGGAACUGAGGCAGGAGCUAAUCAUGCUGCAUGGAGAGAAGAAGACUGUGGAAGUAGAGCACUCACGGCUGCAGAAGGACAUGUCUCUGGUUCACCAGCAGAUGGCAGAUCUUGAGGGGCAUCUUCAGUCAGUGCAGAAAGAACGAGAUGAAAUGGAGAUUCACCUGCAGUCUUUGCAGUUUGACAAAGAGAAGAUGAUAGCCCUUACUGAGGCCAAUGAGACACUAAAGAAACAAAUAGAAGAGCUGCAGCAAGAGGCCAAGAAGGCCAUCACAGAACAGAAGCAGAAGAUGAAGCGGCUGGGCUCAGAUCUGACCAGUGCCCAGAAGGAAAUGAAGACUAAGCACAAGGCUUAUGAGAAUGCUGUGAGCAUUCUCAGCCGCCGCCUGCAGGAGGCGCUGGCUUCUAAGGAGGCCACAGAUGCAGAGCUGAGCCAGCUCAGAGCUCAGAACGCUGGUGGCAGCAGUGACCCUGUUCUACAUGAGAAGAUUCGGGCUCUGGAGGUAGAACUGCAGAAUGUUGGCCAAAGCAAGAUACUUUUGGAGAAGGAGUUACAGGAGGUGAUCACAAUGACUAGCCAGGAGCUGGAAGAGUCCCGGGAGAAGGUGCUGGAGCUGGAAGAUGAGCUUCAAGAAUCCAGAGGCUUCAGAAAGAAGAUAAAACGUCUUGAAGAGUCAAAUAAGAAACUGGCUCUGGAGUUAGAACAUGAGCGAGGGAAGCUUACCGGCCUCGGACAGUCUAAUGCAGCUUUGCGGGAGCACAACAGCAUUCUGGAGACUGCACUAGCCAAGAGGGAAGCUGACCUGGUGCAGCUGAAUCUUCAGGUGCAGGCAGUUUUACAGCGCAAAGAGGAGGAGGAUCGCCAGAUGAAGCAACUUGUCCAAGCCUUACAAGUCUCAUUAGAGAAAGAAAGGAUGGAAGUAAACAGCCUAAAGGAACAGAUGGCUGCUGCCAGGGUAGAAGCUGGACAUAACCGCCGCCACUUUAAGGCAGCUACAUUGGAGCUGAGUGAGGUGAAGAAGGAACUGCAGGCCAAGGAACACCUGGUACAGGCAUUGCAGGCUGAGGUGGAUGAGCUCCAGAUUCAGGAGGGAAAGCAUUCCCAAGAAAUAACACAAUUCCAGACUGAGCUGGCAGAAGCUAGAACCCAACUCCAGCUCCUACAGAAGAAGCUGGAUGAGCAGAUGAACCAGCCACCCACAGGAAGCCAGGAGAUGGAAAAUCUCAAAUGGGAAUUGGAUCAGAAGGAACGUGAAAUUCAGUCCCUGAAGCAGCAGCUUGACUUGACAGAGCAACAGGGCAAGAAAGAACUAGAGGGUACACAACAAACACUGCAGACUAUCAAGUCUGAGUUGGAAAUGGUACAGGAAGAUCUGUCUGAGACCCAGAAGGAUAAGUUUAUGCUUCAAGCGAAAGUGUCUGAAUUGAAGAACAGCAUGAAGACUCUGCUGCAGCAGAACCAACAGCUCAAGCUGGAUCUCCGCCGUGGUGCAGCCAAGAAGAAAGAGCCAAAAGGUGAGUCCAACACCUCCAGUCCUGCAACACCCAUCAAGAUACCAGACUGUCCUGUCCCAGCCUCACUGCUAGAGGAGCUGCUGAGGCCCCCACCUGCUGUGAGCAAGGAGCCCCUCAAGAAUCUCAACAGCUGUUUGCAGCAGCUCAAGCAGGAAAUGGACAGUCUACAGCGCCAGAUGGAGGAGCAUGCCAUCACUGUGCAUGAGUCCCUGACCUCAUGGGCUCAGGUGGAAGCUGCUCCAGCAGAGCAUGCUCAUCCCAGGGGAGACACAAAACCACAUAGUCAAAACAAUGUUUCCAGAGAAGAGCUGGGCCAAUGACUACUGUUGUCCUCAUCACCAAGUAUUUGUGGCUGCUGAAGGAAUACUCUUGUCAAUAUUAUUUAUUUGAUCUUGA